GUACAAACUGCGCCGCAUGCGUUGUGCUUGGUAACUCCUCCCCAAUCUACCCGCCAUUUGCCCAGCAUCAGUCUUCAACAUUCCCAAGCUUUACCGGCUUCUAGUCACGUGUGUAUUUUAUUAAUCCGUGUUAAUCUCUAAUAAAUAAUGGCAGAUGAAUAUUUUUACGCGUUGACUCUCAAGGGUGCCAAGGCGACAGAAGUAUGGGAUCCUGAGGCAAAAGGAGCUGAAGACUAUCAGGGUGGCCACAAACUCAUAAUUAAACAAGCACUACUAGGACCUGAAGCUGUGGAUGGUGAGACGAACGUUAUACAAGUUGAAGCAAUGACAUGGAAAGAAUCUAUCAAAGUACCCGUGGCAGUUUUAAAAUCAGGCAGCAGCAGUCAAGUUUUGUUAGAUUUAUCUUUUCCCGAUCCACCAGUUACGUUCAGUUUGGUACAAGGCACAGGACCUGUUCACAUCAUCGGACAUCAUCUCAUCGGCAGUCCCAUAGAGGAGUUCGAUGAAAUGGACGAGAUGGACGAUGAUAUGCUUGAAGAUGAAGAGGAAGGCGAGGAGGGAGCUGAGGGGAAUGAUGUAAAACGAAAGCGUAAAUUGUCAAGCAUCGAAGAAAAUGAGGAGGAAGACGAAGACGAUGAUGAAGGCCCAAAGAAUAAAAAGGCCAAGACGACCAAUGCAAAAGGAAAAAGCCCAGUGAAGAAUGCAAAAAAGAAAUGAAGAGAGUUUUCUGUUUGUUUUAAGUAAUUUUUUCUCAUUCGUAUUUGUAUUUUAGUUUUAUGUACCGUGAAUUUGAUUAGGAUCGCUUUAUAGGAUUAGUUGUGUAAUUUCUAAGCAAGUGAUGCUAAUCAGAGUUCGGUGUUACUAAGGUUAAAUUUCGUACCAUGUAAAACGGUCACAACUUGAGGUAUUUCGAUUUUGUGUAUUCACAGUGUUAGUAAAUUUUGACAAGUGUA